AUGAGUAAAAACAAACAGAGCAAAAACGUACCGGAGUGCGCUGGAAAUCUCCCGGCAUUCGAAGGCCUCAAACCUGCGAGAAUGCCCAAGUGCAGCCGCUGCAGAAAUCAUGGAUACGUGUCUCCGCUAAAAGGACACAAGCGCUUCUGCAGGUGGAGGGACUGUCAAUGCACAAAGUGUAAACUUAUAGCCGAGAGACAGAGGGUCAUGGCCGCACAGGUUGCUUUGAGGAGACAGCAGGCACAAGAAGAGGAGCUGGGGAUUUGCAGUCCAGUGUCUUUGCCAGGCCCUGAUGUGAUGGUUAAAAAUGAAAAUGGAGCAGACUGUCUUUUCUCUGUGGAAAGACGUUCUUCCACUCUUACAACCAGUGCUGCUGCUUCUAUGGCUGUGACAGGGAGUCGGCCCAUGUCAUCUUCCCCCAGUCCCUCUUCCAGUCCCAGGUCUCACUCUCAAGGGGCGUCUGACCUUCUGCUGGAGACCUCCUAUUAUAACCUAUACCAGCCAUCACGCUACUCCUCCUACUAUGGCAACCUCUACAACUACCAGCAGUAUCAGAUGCCUCAUGGUGAUGGACGUGUCUCCAGUCACAACAUGUCUUCUCAGUAUCGAAUGCACUCAUAUUACCCAGCAGCCACUCACCUGACCCAGGGCCUGGGAUCCUCAAGCUGUGUGCCCUCCAUUUUCACUGUGGAGGACCACAACAGCACCAAUGGCAGCAGCUGUGCUGAGAGCAUGACAACCUGUGACUCCCUGGUUAGCUCCGACGUGAAGGCCGAGUGUGAGAGUGCAGCAGACUCAGCCAACUUCACUGUCAACUCCAUCAUGGACGACUCCACCAAGUAA